AUGGAUAACGACUUCAGUUCCCCCUUCGAAAAGACAUCGCGUUUCCCUCCACUCUUCCCUCCCUGCUCAUCAGCUCUGAACGGGCGGCCAGGUAAAUCGACAACCACUCUGUGUGCGUGCGUCAGCGGCGUCGCGCGCGCUCACUACAACACGCCCAGGUGUAGCCCCGGCCCCACCCACAAGGUAAACUCCUUUCGGGGCAGCAAAGUGCAGGCUGUCAGUCGGCACCAGAGCAGCGCGGAGGGAUCACUGAACAAGUCGUCAGAGUUCCAAAGAAACAGAGAGGACUGUCCUGCUUCUCUAGACAAACUACGGCAGCUGAUAGAAGACAAAGUUCACGUCCUCCAAUCUCACUUCACCGAGGAGCAACAGGGUUGGGUGUGCGAGGAGAACACAGGUACAGGAGGACUGUGGAGGUUUGCCGUUGUGAGCGAGGAGCUGACCUUUCACCUCCAGCAGCUGCAGAGACAGACAGAGCAGGAGCUCAGCAGCAUACACGCACAACUCUUGCAGAUUGAAGGCCGCCGGCAGCUGCUGACCACUGAGCUCUUUAGUCUUCAGGAGAAGAAGAAACAGACCGAACGGGAGCUAAAGAGGAACUCCAGCCUUCAGACGUCCACUCUGUGUGCUUGUCGGGAGCUUCAGGCUUCCGUCACCGAGUGUCUGCUCCAAUCAGAGAGGUUGGUGUUCCAGGAGGAGGCACUGAGCGCGCUUCGCAGCCUGCUGACCCAAGACCUGCAGAGGUACCGGGAAGAGACGCGGAGGCUGACCUGUUCCACGCUGAAAAUACUCGCGCAAUCCCACAGAGAGGAAACGUCCGCCAGCAGAGCGAGUGACCGCAGCAUGCAGGGAACGAACGAGACGGAGCAGGAAAACAACAUGCAUGUGCCUGAGUCUUCUUCCCCACACUCACCACUUAGUCCACACCAGACCACCAAUCAAGAAGUGGCAGAGCAGGCCUGGAGGGCCAGUCAUAAGAAACCAGGCUUGUCCCGCUAUACAAACCGAGCCGGCAGCGUCAAAGACCUGAUCAGUAAAUUCUCCAGUCCAGAUCACGUCUCUUCCUCCGGUUCCCCACAGAGCCCCUCGUCUGGAUCGGGACAAGUCCCGAAGUCCGCUCCUGCAGAAGCUCUCGAGUCUCCGAAGUCCGCGUCGAGUCCUUCCACAAUGGUCAGCGUCGGAGACGACGGUGCCGUUCCCAGCAUCACUGUGACCCCUCCGUUCAGGGAAACCCAGAACGUGGUUCAGUCGGCUCAGAAUGGCAGCCAUAAGAUCACUGCGAGAAUAGAUUGUCCAGUAGGAGGCAGCGCUGAGAAGACUGACUCAGAACCAAGGAGCAAAACCCAAACCACAGAGUCUGGUAGAGACUCCGUGGCCGACUCCGGCAUGGGAUCGGAGUCUGAAAUGGAUUCGAACAAGCAGUCGGACAGCCAGUCUGAGGAGGAGCCCACCACACCUCGAGCCGUGUCGACCAGCCAGAACCCCAAAUAUCAGCUGUUCCUCAACAACGAGCAUAGGACCAAUGGGUUGAGUGGCAGGGAUGCAGAUGGUUUUGGAGGCGGCGGGACGCCAGGGGAGAACGGCCCCAGGCUGCCCCAAUGGGAGACCAACCGGCUGGGGUCGAACAACUACCGAGGGUCCCUGGAGUCCCUGGCCUCGCGGGACUGGGAUACUAUGCCUGACAAGUCGGGUGCUGCUGACAACUCCCCCAGGGUGUUUCACAGUCCGUACUCCACGACGACCUCCGUAGGUAACAACCCCAUGUACCGAAUGUCUGAGUUCAAGGUUUCCAGUGGACUGUCUCCUACCACCUCAGAGAUGUACGGCUUCAACAAUCGCAGCACCAGUCCAGUGGGCUCGUCCUCCCACAACAAUCCCCGACCCCGUUUCUCCGCCUACGACUCUCUGGUGAAGAGGAGGGGCGAGGUCAACUCCACUCUACAGGUGGCCCCCUCCACCCACUACAGUAUGCGCUCUGCCACUCUGGGAACGCCGAAUAAAAAAGACUACAUCGAGGAGUUGACUAAACAGAUGGACGGCUGCCGGAAGCGUAACCAGUUCCUAGAGGCAGAGAGUGUGGAGAUGGAGAAGGAGAGGAACCAGAUAAGGUUUGAGAUGCGCGGCCUGCUGGUGAACAACGAGGACCUGCUGAGGACCAACGCUCAGCUGACCAAUGAGAUGAAGAGGAUGAAGGAGCAGAUGAUAGAGAUGGAGAGGGAGAACCAAUCCGUGGGAGAGAGAUACAGGGAGAUGGAGAUCGAGGUGAAGCAGGCCCGGGACAUGAUGGUGGAGGCCAACACUCAGGAGUACGCCUUCAAUUUUCUCCAGCAGUCCCUCAAAAACAAGAUCAAUGACGCUGAGGAGAACCUGGAGAAGGAGACGCAGCAAAACCAGUCGCUGUCUGAGAAGUUGUGGCUGGCAGAGAGACAGCUGGAGGAGCUGGAGGUCCACAAAGGCAGCAGAGACAAGAGGUCAUCAGAACUCAGCAGCACCAUCCUCAGAAUGGAGUUGGAGCUGGACGAGGCCGUGCAGGUGUCCACACAGGCCACAGCUGAACUGAGCCUGCAGCUGAAGCUGCGCAACGACAGCCAGCUGAGGGUGGAGGAGCUGGAGGAGUCUCUGCUGGAGAAGGAGCAGGAGCUGCAGAGACUGCAGAUCCUCGUCGGCAGAGUGCAGGGAGAGGUCUCUGAUAAGCUGAUUGAUAAGGAGCAGACGCUGGAGGAGGAGAUCCAGCUGAGGGAGAGGAUACAGCUGCAGUGUAAGCAAGCGGAGAGGGCGGUGGACGACCUCCACAUGGAGCUGCAGAACACCAACCAGGCCAGAGAGGACCUGGCCAAACAAGUGAAGCUGGCUCAGGAGAAGAUCAUCGACCUGGAGAGUGAUCUGGAGGAGCUGCAGGACAGCGAGCAGAGAUGGGCCAGCAAACACAAGAGAGCCAUUGAGCAGAUUGAGCAGCUGCAGCUGAAGGUGAUCCAGGAGAAGGAUCUGACCGACCAGCUGGAAAUGGAGAAGAUCGGCAUGGAGAGACAGCUGCGUGAGCUGCGUAUGGAGGUGGAGGAUCUUCAAAGCUCCAGAGUUCAGGAGGAUGUCAUCACCAGAGCGGAGAGCAGAGUCAAAGAGCUGGAGAACACGCUGAGGACAGAGGAGAGGAACAAGUCUGUUCUGACGAACACCAUCGGUAAACUGGAGAGGAGGAUUAACGAGCUGAGCGAUCAGAUGGAAGAGGAACACAGGAUAGCAACGGAGCAGAAAGACCUGAUGACUCAGAGGAUGCGCUCUCUGAAGCGUCAGCUGAACGAGUCGGAGGAGGAGGCGAGCAGGAAGGAUGCGCAGUACCGCCACACCCAGAGAGAGCUGGCCGAGGAGAGGGAGACGAGCGGCCGGCUGCAGAGGCAGCUGCUCGACCAACACGUGACGAAGCGUAAGGACACCCUGACGAUCCGUCAGACCCUGGACAACCUGAGGUUGGACCUGAGUGUGGACGACGAAGACGACGACCAGCUGCUGCCGGAGCAAACAAACAGUGUCACCAAAGUCUAAACCCUCACACUCCAGACAUUCUCUCAAUACAAAUCAUGACAUAACGUCUCUACACUCACAGCGCGUGGGUGAGGUGACAUUUGACCUUUUUCUAAACCUGUAGUUGCUGUUAAAAUAAGCUUUAAAUAGCCUGAAGUACAUUUUUUGGUGUGUUUUUUCGCCGUCGUCCAGUUACACAAAAGCGUCGUAUAGCCUUUAAGUCCAAACGGUGAGAUUUGGCCCCCGAAGACUUAAGUUUGAAGGCGUUUUCGGCACAGGACUCAUUUGAAUCUCUUUCAGGUUUUAGAUGCACACUCAAAGACUCGCUGGUUCCUUGUAUAUUUGACCAAGUUCUCUGAUUUUGCAGCUUUGGUUUUAAUUUGGAGGAGCUUUGCUGACAGUUCUUUCAUAUGGAGGGAUUUUCCAUGUUAGUAUUUGAACAUAUCCCACGCUGGCUCUUGACAUAUUACCUGGUUAUGACACAUGCUGUAACUGCAGAGGAGGGGUCUUUGGAUGUGAUCGUAGCUUUUGUUUGAUUCACAUAAAUACUAUGAGAUUAUUUAUAUAUUAACAGUUUUUUUCUUGUUUAUGUUUAUAUGAUAAUUAUCUGUAUUUGCAAUUGCUUGCAGGGCAAAAACAUAAUUUUAGAGAAUGAAAUGUAUGAUUUUAGAGCUCAGUUUUUUUCUGUAUUUUCUGUAUUUAGGGGGUUUGCUGCUGUAAUGAUGUUACUUCCUGUGCCACCCACAAACAGUAUCUCAGAUAAGAUUUAAGAAAUAUGAUUGUCAGCAAAUAAGAAAAAGAAAGACCACCUCACUUCACACUUGCCGUUAAUCUCAAUCUUUGUAAAUUUUAUUAUAUCAAAAUGAACUCAAAACAUGGCUGGGUUGUUCAAUUCAAAUCAUCAGUAGAAAAUUCACUGGUUUCAUUCUCAAAUAUUGAUUAUGUACAAAAAGUUCAUCAGUACCUAAAUAUAAAAACUCUAACAAACUCACUUUGUAAGGAAGUUGAUUUCAGCUGUGUUCCAGCAGUCCUCUGCAUGUUCCCCGCCUGUCAGACGCAUGACGCUAACAUUCAGAUGUAGUUUGGAUUUUCUGUUGUGUUUACAUUUGUUGGUGUACCUUACUUUUUUGAAAAUGGGAACAUGAAUGAAAGAGUUUCAUAUUUCAGCUGUUGGAAUGUGGGCUGCAGGGUGUUCUUUUUGGUUUGUCAUUUUCGUAAAACAAAAAGCGACCGUCUACAGAUAUGUAAAAAGAAAUAGAUUUCAUUGACUUAUUUUUGUAAGUACACUCCACAUUCUACUGGUUCUACUGUUCUCGGGUAUUUAUUUUUCACAUUCUCUGUUUUGGUGAGAAGUUUCUUUGUACAAGAUGCAAAUAAAUUGUUCUCCACUGUGA